AUGACUCAGGCUGCAAUGGGGAAAACUGGACCAUCUUCUUCAGGGUUAACGCCGGCUGAAAAGAGUUCUGUCCCUGUGGAUGUUCAGAGUCAUGCGACUGUAGAGAAGGAAGAAGUCCCAGUUCAUCAGCUAUACCAGGGGCCACUUGUGCAUAGGUCUCCAGUCCCAACUCAUCAGCUCGUAGCUUUUGUCCCCGUACCCGUGCCACCUCCUCAUGUCCCUGCGGGAUGGGACAGCCAGGAGUCUCUUCGGAGACUUCAGGUUGCAGCUGGGGUUGCUCUGACCGGUCUAUCUGCAGGGCUCGUGACUGCGAAGGAGAAGAAGGUAAUAAAGGAUGAGACGUUGUUCACAGUUGGAAUAGGCCUUAUCCUAGCUGAUGCCGUUGCAUUUAUACUUUCUAUGUAUCUUAUCGAGGUGGCAACUCCAUUUGUGAAGAAAUGGAGCAUUAGGGUCACUUUCUGGUUGUUGGUUGUCUUAGUUGGGAUCCGCUUAGGAUUCCACACAUGUGGAGGAGCUGUUCUGGCCGUGCGUGUGUUGGUCCUUUGCGUGGUAGUUUUCGUUGGCUCUAUUUUACUUCUCUCUUUCUAG